AAAAUGAUGAAGAUGAGGAGAACCAAAUGGAGGAAGAGGAUAGAGGUGGUAGCAGGAGCUGGUGUUUUGCUGCUGCCUUCAGUUUCAUAAAUGAAACAAUGAAUGACACUUGCCUCUGGUCAGACUGCAUGAUCGGGAAAGUAGUUCUAUAGCUCUGUGUCCAGUCCGGUAACAACUGUUUAGGGUCUGGUCUUGGUCUGGUGUCAGUCUUUGAUUUAACAUUCAGUACCAGUGUUCUGAUGGUCUGCACUACCCAGUGGCAGUAGCAAAAGCUCCUUAAUCAUCUAAAUGAGCUCUCAGCGCUGCUUAUCUCUGAUGUUUCUCCUAGUGACUGUAGCUCUGUGUCUGGUCUGGUGACCCUAAACAGGGUCUGGUCUUCAUUUCGGUGUUGGUUCGUGGUUUCACAUUCAGUACUGGCGACAUUAGCAAUAGCUCCUUUAACAUUUAAAAGAGCUCCCAGUGCUGCCUGUCUCUGAUAUUUCUCCCAGCAUUUUUCACUCGCUAGCCACUGUUGGGGUGUAGGCACCUUAAAAUCUGUCAGCACUGCAUUUGUUUUUAGCUCAUUAAGGUAACAAUCACCUGUUAGACCCUUCGUCAGUUUUGCUCAUACAAAUCUGUCUUCUGGAGAGAAAUGUUGAGGGCGCAAAUAGGUCUUUUGGAAGUUGUGUUCAGCUCUCUCCCACUGUGCUCUAAUUUUCUUUUCAUGUGGAAAGUGACCUCCACACUUAAAUCUAGUUUUAAGAUUUAAUGAGAAGAACAAAAUUAAAGAAAAAAAAAUUAAGUAUUCUUUGUAAAUAUAUUUGUGAAAGAAUACCUAUGAAAACAAUAAAAAGGUGAAGAAAAUAACAAAUUCACAUCUUAAUAAUGUGCCAAGGAUACAUUAUAAUAGCUAAAGAAAGGAAUUAUCUUUUGAUCAUAUCUUGAGUAAAGUUUUUAUGUUUUUACUUGCUACAUUAAAUGGCAAAUUAAAAUGUUGCUAAAUUAUUUAUUGCUGGAAUAAUUCAUUUAUUAGGUUAUUUAUUUCUGAAUAUAUGUAUGGUAAUGGCAGGAUUGGCCCUCCAUACUAAAUGCCCCAGAGGAUUUUUCAUGAAAGCUGAUCUCUCUGAAGCUGUUUGUACAUGCCCUUAUUGUCAUGUCAUUAGAGCUUUUACUUCACGCAAAACAGACUCAGAUGAGUUCACAGACACUUCGGUACCAGAGCUCUGUUAGACUCAGAGAGACUUUCAGAGUCACUGCCUGAAGCUGCUGUCAAACACGAGAUUUUGCACAAAGAUGACACCAACAAACUCCAGUUCUGGUUCCACAGACGAGCAGAUUGAACCUUGUACCAGGGAUGAUGAUAACAAACUGGGAGCAAAUCUGUCUUACAUUUACUACUUCAUGUUUGUCUUCAGUUUUAUCACCAACCUGCUGGUUCUGGUUAUCAUCCACCGGUUUGAGAAGUUGUACACUGUGAUCAACAUCUUGCUGCUGAACCUGGUGGCGUCCUCCCUGAUCUUAAUGAGCAGCCUUCCCUUCCAGGCCGUCUACAUGCAGAAAUCUGAAUGGAUUUUUGGCUCAGCUAUGUGCAAGAUCGUCUUCAGCAUCUACUACCUGGGUUUUUACAGUUCUGUUUUCUUUUUAACUCUGCUAACAUUUGACCGUUACCUUGUUUUUGUACAUUUUAUGCCUGUAGUACAUGUAAGGAGUCGACGCAAUGCUAUCAUUUCCAGUGCAGUGGUGUGGGUGAUCAGUGGUUUGGCUUGCAUUAGGCCCAUGAUCCUCCAUGGCACCUAUAGGCAUUGGGGCACUGAGUACUGUGAGGAGUUUGCUCGUAUUGAUGGUAUGAAUGUAAAGAAGCUCAAAAAAUCUGGAUUUUAUAUUCAGCUUUGUGUCUUCUUGAUCCUCCCUCUGGCUAUUGUCAUAUUUUGUUAUACUAGGAUUGUGAUCACUGUCAAAAAGUCCCGAUCAGCUUCUAAAUUCCAUGCAGUCAGGGUGAUAUUUAUGAUCGUAGUGUUGUUCUUCAUCUGCUGGAUCCCUUUUAACAUUGUAGAACUCCUGCAUUAUGAAUAUGAGUCUGUUUGGAGCUGUGCAGCUAAAAAGAAACUUGGUUCUGCUCUUCAUGUCACCCGCAACAUGGCGUACAUUUACUUCUGCAUCAGUCCAAUGUUUUAUACAUUUGUAGGAAAAAAAUUUCAGAACCAUUUCAAACAGCUGCUGGUGAAAUGUUUCCCAAGAUUACAAGAUCAUAUUUCUUUUAACACAGACAUUAAAACAACACACACUUCAAGAACUGAACUUAGUCUUAAGAAAUGAAUUUGUCUUUGUGAGUUUGUCAUCAUUCACCCUGAGUCAAACCAACUGCAGUACCUUGCAACCACAUUUAUGCUUUUUAAACUUCAGGCCAUCUUUUCAUGGUACAAAAACAACCCUCACUUUGACCUCAUGUAUUGUCAUCAUACUGAAAAAUUAUUUGAGGAUAUCAGUGAUAGGUAUUACAAUCAGUACUACUUAAGCUCAUGAGUGUGAGUUCUUAUAUCAUACAGCUAAACCUACAGAUGGUGCCUUUUGAAUCAUUUCAUCUGGCUGUUUCAGUAGACCUUGAGUUACUAUUUCUAAUUUCUAAUUAUGGGAUGUAUUUCAAAGUUUGCUAGAUCUUGAGCUCUGUUGUCAUGUUCCCCAUGUUACACACAGGAACAUCUUUGGAUUGGGUAUUUAGAUGGGAAGAUUACAGUCUGCUGUAACUCCUGUUUAAACCUGAUCAAGACAACAAACUCCAAUAACUGUUGGAGUUAACAUGCUUACUUUGUAACAUUACCAGUACAGUAUUGACUUAAUUUAUUAAUAUAACCUUAUGAAUCUAGGUGUUUUUCUUUUCAUGUGUUGUUUAGAGUGUUUUUUUAUGUGACGUCAUAACAAUCACAAAGAAAUCUGUUAGAAAUCAGCAACAAAAAAUGCUUAAGGAACAACAAACUGGUAUACUAGGGUAUUUGUGCUCUGUAUAUGCGCACACUUUAUGUAAUAUCAGUGAUACAAAUGUCUGUCGCAACUGUAUUAUAAUAAAAUUCACAGCAAAAUCCUUUAUAAGCAGACAACUAUAAUCUAUACCCUUGUAUUAUUUAACAGACUUGAAAUUAUUAGCAAAAAAUAGAUACCACUAGAAUACUUGUCCAAUGAUCAGGAUGAUUCUGUUUUUCUGUUUUUGUGUGUGCUGAGGAAAUAAUAUCAUCCCGUUGUAUUGUGUAGUUUGUUUAUUUUUUUGAUUGGUAUGCAGUGUAUAGUAAGUGAAGAUGUAAUUAAAUCAGAAACUGGCCUCACAUUAUGCAAAGCCAUUAAUAUAUAAGGAUAUAAGUUAUGUUUGUUUACUUUUUUUAUUCUGUACAUUAAAUUGGAUGUCUUCAAAACUGUCUUUGUCAUGACUUGCUUUCUUUUUAGUAAUAUUACUGGGGAUUCCAGGAGAAAUUUAUGCUAGCUGUCAGGUGCUGCAAACACAUUAAAAAACAAACAAACAAAUAAACAAAAAAAAAACAACCAAAAAACAAAUGCAACAGAAAAUGCUGCAACCACAAACAAUAUACUGCAUUCACAAAUAAGAUGCUGUAAUCACAAAAUAAAAUUGUCCUCAGAUUUUCCUUAAAUCCAAGGAUAAAAUGCUCAAAAUAUCAACUAUAGUCAGAGUGACUGGUCCCCAGUAUUUUACCCCAUAUGGUUCCUCUGAGUCUCCUUCAUAGAGUCCCAAGACAGCUCAGAAGAAAUGUCUUCUCCUGGACCUGAGGUUUUUAAAUUGAUGACUAAAAUGAACGACCAAGUCCUGCUGGGCACAUCUUUUCUUAGUGCUCACAAAGCAGACUUUACCUCAUCACAACCACCUGGCUGGGAUUACCCAAAACAACCUCCACUCUCCGUAUCAGAGGUCUGAGGCUGGGCUCCAGGUAGUAGCUUUACACCUGUCUACCUCUAGAAUGCGUCUGGUCCCCCGUCAGUACCAAACAGGACAGUACCUGUCUGGAUCACUAAAAGAAUAUUAACAAAAAACAGAAAUACUAAAUGCAGCAGUCUAAAAUCAAACCUCAGUCUCAUCCCAUGUCUAAUUCAUGAAAUAUCUGCCACCAAGUUACUUAAACCGACCCUUAACAAAACCUCAAAAUAUGUCAAACAUUUCUAUACUGACUCCAAUCAUCUUUUAUCUGCUAUAUGCAUUGAUUAUGGCUGCUUAAUAAUUGUGGGAGAUUUCAACAUGUAUGUUGACAAGCUUGAAGACAGAGGAGUAAAAAAGCUGUGUGAUACUCAACAGUCAGACAUGUUGAGUUGGUCUGAGUCAACAUGUCAAACAAGCAACACACAAUCGACGACACGAUUACUGAGCUGGUUAUCAGUGAACAUUUCUGAGGUCUCUGUAACUGAUGUCGCCCUGUCUGAUCUUUUCUCAGUUUUUCAAAAAAAUACUUUCUCUGUUGACUCACUUAGUCUAAAAUCAAACCUCAGUCUCACCCCAUGUCGAAUUUGUAAUGUUCUUUACAUACAUUUUGUAAUGUAAAGAACAUUGCAAAAUGUUGUUUCACAGACAAUACAGCAGAAACAUAAGAUCAGAUCUUCUCUUACACCUCACCUCUAUGUUGCAACCUUGUAGAUGAGUGAGUAGAUAAAUUCCACUCUACAAUUUCAGAUAUCAUUGAUUUUACGCUUCUGUUAAAGUGAACGUCGUGUCUAGUAGGAAAAAGACUCCAUGGAAACAUGAACAAACAAUUAGAUCUGCAAGAAACCUUUGUCACAGGGCUGAAUGUAAAAGGCAUAAAACUCAACUUCAUGUUUACUAUGAAAUCUUCAAAGAUUCCAUAGCAAUCACUCAACACUAAAACCUCGGUUCUAGUGUUUGCGUCAGUCAUAAACAAAAACAUUAAUGCUCGUGCUUUACUUACCACAGCUGACAGGAUCAAAACCCUCCUGUGACUCAACCACUGCUUCUUGAACUUGCCUCUUCUUUGAAGAGUAAAUAAAAAGAAAAUUAGAGGGUUAAGCUGAACAUCCUCACUAAAUCCAAUAUCAAUGCCGUGUCCAAGCAUAACAAAUGCAGAAAAAAAUAUGACUAUAAAAGCCUAGAAGAAAUUAUAAAUCAAUUAAACUCACGUUCAUGCACUCUUGAUUUCCAUUUUCUUUAAGAAAGUCCUGCCUGUCAUGGUAUCUGAUCUGAUUCAAAUGGUAAACUCAUCGCUUCCAUCAGGAGUUUUCCCCCAGGCUUUAAAAACAGCAGCCAUUAAAACACUGAUAAAUGAACAACAAUUUGGACAAAUCACUGCUGCAGAAUUACAGGCCGACCUCUGACCUCCCAUUCAUCAGUAAAAUUAUUGAAAAAGCUGUGUUUAAACAAUUAACCAACUGUUUUGAUGUCUUUCCAUGGUUUCCAUGGCUACCACAGUACAGAGACUGCCCUCGCCCUUAGUGUAAAGACUGGAGAAUUGGGUCAGAAUUCUCACCUGGUUCGAAUCUUACAUAAAGAACAUCGUUCUUUGAAAUGCUUUAAAGUAGUACAACAUCUGUUAGAGGUUGAGGAGAAGAGGGUGAUAGCAUAAGCUAACAACGCCAAUAAUAAAAAAACAAGCAACCCCAAACAGUCUCUCACUAAAGAUGUGGUGGAGAGGACCCAACACACUAGCUAAGGGGUGCCCAAGUCCAGUUCUUGAGAUCCACCAUCCUACAACUCUCAGAUACAUCCCAUCUCCAACACAACUGAAUCAAAUCAGUGGCCCAUUACCAGGCCUCUAGAGAGCUGAAUGGCUGCUGAUGAGGGAGUUCAGCCAUUUGAUUCAAGUGUGUUGGACCAGGGAUGUAUUUCAAAGUUUGCUUGAUCUUGAACAUGGACUCGGGGCCCUCUGCACUGAAAGAAAAGAAAAGUAAAAGUAAAGUUGAGUAAUUAUUGGGAUGAGUUUACAGGCAGAGGAAACAUGACUGAGCUGAAUGGGUGUUACUGAGAAUCUGAGAUUAAAUGCAAAAGAAUUUUAAAAAGUAACAGUCAUGUUUCCCAAGUUACACACAGGAACAUUUUGGAUUUGUCUUUAGAUGGGAAGCUUACAGUCUGCUGUAACUCCAGUUCAAACCUGAUCAAAACAACAAACUCCAGGAUAUGUUCCAAUAACUGUUUUAGUUAACAGGCUUACUUUGUAACACUACCAGUACAGUAAUGACUACAUUCAUUAAUAUGAUCUUAUGAAUCUAGGUGUUUUUGUUUUCAUGUGUUGCUUAGAGUGUUUUGUUAAGUGACAUCAUAACAAUCACAGAAAAAAUCUAACAGAAAUCAACAACAAUACAAUCUUAAGCAGCAACAAACAGGUAUAUUACAUCUUGCUUAAAUACAUGCACACUUUAAUGCAUGUAUUUAUAUCCGUGUAAUAUCCGUGACAAAAAUGUCUGUCACAUCUGUAUUGUAGUAAAAUUCACAUUAUAUCACAAGUCUUUCUAGGAAAACAGAAAGACAGCUAUUAGGUAUAUUAUUUAACAGACUUAAUCCAAUAUUUUUCUGAUGAUCAGGAUGUUUCUGGUUUUGUUUUUUUGUUUUUUUCUGUCUACUGUGCUGGACUAUUUGUAACAUUGCAUUGUAUAGUUUUUUUUUGUUUUUUUUGUAUGCCAUGUACAAGUGAACAUGUAAAUAAAUCAAAAACUGGCCGGACAUCUUGCAAAACUAUUAAUAUGU